AUGGACAAUCUUGUAUCGCAACCACAAUACGCCUAUGUCAAAGCAGUGCUACUGUUCCGGGAAGAUUUGGACAGAUUUGGAGAUCAUCAUUUGGAGAUUCGGAAGUUGAAAAAGCUCUUCAAGAGCCUGAGGUUUGAGACGCAGUCCUAUCACAUCUCUACCGAUUAUCCUCACAAAGUAUUCGAACUUGUGCAGGAUGAGCACGAUUACUUCACACGAAAGAAGCGUGCUCUUGGUGCACCUUGCCUGUUUAUCAUCUAUCAUCUUGGGUAUGCGGACAAAUAUGGUGGAGACUACACUGGGCGUGAGACUAUGCAGCAUAUAUGGAAGAUCUGGCGGUCUCCCCGCGAAGGUGGACCAUACCUCCAAUGGUCCAGGAUACAAAGAAUGUUCAGCGAAGCCAUCUUUGAUAUUCUUGUCAUCUUAGAUUGUUCGCAUUUGAUAAUAGAUGCUGCAAUACGUUCGAGAGAUCCUCACGAUGGUCUCUACGGCCGAAUUGAGUUACUUGCAGCCACAAGCAAUACAGCUAAGACCGGACAACCAGAAGGCGGCUCUUUUACGAAUGCGGUAACCACGACAAUGAGAGACAUGAUCACGAAGUAUGGUAGCAUUGAUAUUGCUGAACUCCAUGCCUUACUAGUGCAGCAAGCUUCUAAUUCGUAUACCGUUCCUAUCUACGUCCCUCUUCGUGAAGGCGCCUCUGAGCAAACUCUCGUACUUGAAAGACUGCUAGGAGAGCAAGAACAGCGAGUGACAAAUUGGAAAGAACCCAUGAUCUCCCACUCUUCAGCUGGCGGGUUCUUGUCAAGGCUGAACUCCCUCCCAUACGCCGGAAAGGAGCCUUUCAGAAACGAUACAUCGUCACAACCCCCGGGCGGCGAAACCAUCGACUCUUUAAAUGAUUUCAGUAUUCUGAAGCAGCGACCUCGUUCGAAAAAGACGUUUCCAACCCGGAAUAUUCAUACGACCAAGGCCGAUAACUCUCAUCUCCAUCCAAAUCUGAAAGGUGAACGUACGCGUUCCUUGCCGAAAUCUGCGCUAUCGUUGGACGAAAUUCUGACGCCCUAUUCCACGUUUACGAUUGGACUGAGACUCGUCAAAGCUGUUGCCCAACGACUGAUCAAAGACACAAAAGCGUUUGCUGAUCUUGAACCCAUAAGCCAAAUUCCGCCUCUUGAAAUUGGCACCUGGCUGGAGGUCUUCGCGUGGAGAUUGCAUGAAGAAUCCACAACACCACUCGAAUGGAAAGCAUCAGUAUGUCUCUUUGAGGAAAGCAGCACAAUCUUCAGCUUUAUAUACGGAGGUGAGCCUCUUGAAGAAGAAGACUUUAGCGAUCGAACAGAUGCCACUGGACGCUCGCCACUUGGACCGGAACGGGAAGCUCCGAUCUCCCCAUCUCAAAGAGUCUACACAUCGCAACUGGAUGGAUGCGAAGAAUGGAUCUUCAAGUCAGAUGCCUACCGUUGGCUCCUCUCGAAGCUUGAGCUCGGAACUCAAGUCUACUAUCCAGGUCCGAACAUCAAGGACCAAAUUGGAUCGGACAUACUUCGCACAGUUGUCUGGAAGAUGCGUACCCAAAACUCAGCAUCAACCGUUCGUUUGUGUUUGAGUGUAUAUUGGAAGCUGGCGAAGUACGUUGAGUCACUGGGAGUAUCACCUUCUCUAGACAUGUGGAACCACAUGUUGUGUCUGACCGGCUCAAGCAAUGACCUGCAGUCUGUAACCGUGGCUACAUAUCUCCGCCAAACAUGGCCAACUACUGGUGAACGGCUGGAAGGUAUGCUGUUGGAGUUCUUAAAUUGCCAGGAUGGUCAGGCAUGUUCAUAUGUUCUUUCGCCUACACUUCGUGUAGGACUCGAUGUUUUGUCCGUCAAUACUUGCUUUAUAAAGAUUCAUGGGAACCCAUACACAAUGCCAGAAUUUGUGGAGCAGAUCGCAUGGCUAGCGGCAACCUUGAGCUUAACACCACCUCCCGAAACGCUAGUUAUAGUGUCGCCGCGUAUUCACAUCUCAUCGGUGGAAGCAUCGACCAACCAAGAUUCCAAUGAAAUCUGGAUAUCGGGUCACCUCAAUUUCGACAUCCAGGAUGACAAGAAGCAGUUCAGUUUAGUCAAAGGUACUUGUUGGACCAAGCUAUUUACGAACCCUGUCAUAGUUAGCGGCUAUCCUAUACUACGAAAGUCAACGCCAGCUGCAGGUCUUGAGGCAUCAUUAGGCAUUAUGACUAGCCUCUUACAAGCCCAACAAGUGGUUCAUCUGGAAAACAGAGUCAUCAUGAAAGGCUUCAACACAUUGCUAGUUGCUACUGAGUUUGUUAUGGAUGGUGAUAUCAUUAUGUGGCAUGCUUAUACUAGCAGCAAACCAGGCAAGCGUAUAUCUUACUUUGACCCUCGGAUAGAGAAAACGACAUCAAACGAAAGAGAUCUGCCUUUGCUCCGCUCACUGGGAAACCGUCAUCAUAUCAUUGGAUGGUGCUCUGAAGCGGAAGACUUUUGCAGUCAUCCUCAGGCUGAUCUCAAUAUCUCCCCAUCUGGAACAUUGCCGUCCCCUUCGUACACUGUCAUCGACCGUCUAUACAUUGAAGGAGGCAUGUAUGUGAUAGGCGGCUUAAAUGCACGUAUCAACCAGAGAGAGCAGCCAAUAAUGUCUGGAGAGGCCCGCGAUUUUUCCCAAGUGCUCGGUUGGUUAAAUGAGCAGUUUGUCAACUUUUACGACGUGACAGACCGCAGAGCUUGGCUAGUAGAUGGUGCUUCGGCACUACUCCACCUUGUCCGAAUUUCUCUGCAAUUGGAUGAGACUAACCCUGACAGCACGUAUGAUUGGGUCUUUGACAAAAGCCAGCUGAAAGAAAACUGGAUCGAUCAGGGCGGGCGCGCUGCAGCAAUACGCUCACUAAGAGAUUGGGAGAACCGCGCGUUGCGUGUCUACAUAAGAGACCGUUCCUUCGGAAAUGGCCAGCCAGUCGACACGUACUCAACCUUUGGAAACAGGGUGGACAAGAUACUCCAUACCUUGAGCUUAUUAUCGAAGCCCGAACUCGUGUAG